AUGAAAUCCCACUUGGCCAAGCUCCGUAUCCCUCCCAAAUCUCCUCCUCCCGCUGCUACUCCUCGUCGCCGUCGACCCGAUUACGACCCGGCAAUCGAAUCGUCGUCCUCGUUUUCCUAUCCCGGCGAAGAAGACGAGCUGGAAGUGGAGCAGAGCAGGCCGGCAGCGGCGGCGGUGGUGGCAGCUGGAGGCUUCGGCGGAGGCGGAGAUGGGAUUUACGGGUUGAGGGAGAACCCGAGGAAGAGCUUCCGGGUCGCGGAUCCCGAGUUCUCUUUCGCCGGGUCUUCCUCCGUCGUGCAGGACAGAGAGAGCGAGACCGAGUCGAGGAACCCGACCCGGAGGCGAUCCAAGCGGACCCGGAACUCGGCGGCGGAGCAAGAACCGGUGAGCUCUGUUUCCGAUGCUUCCCCUGAAGAAGACGUGGCGAUGUGCCUGGUGAUGCUGUCGAGGGACGUGAACUGGAAGCGAAGAUUCAGUUACGAAAGCGACGAAAUUGAAGAGGGAGAAGGGGAAAAGACGGAAAAUGGAGGAGAAAUCGAGAAGGGAAGUAGCAGCAGCGGAAGAAAUCGGGGGAAGAAGUUGAAGUGCGAGAAAUGUAUGAAACAGUUCCGAUCCUCACAGGCAUUAGGAUCCCACCGCCGGAUUUGCUCCCUCAACGGAACCCAGCUCGGCGGCGGCGGAAUGGGGAAUAAUGUGGUGGCGGCGGCGGCGGCAGAGAGGAUUUUCCAGUGCCCGUAUUGCUACAAGGUGUUCGGGUCGGGUCAAGCACUGGGCGGGCACAAGAGAUCACAUCUCACCGGCGGCGGUUCCUACCCGUCGCCGUCAGCAGCGGCUAACCCACCACCACCGCCUCCGGCAGCUGCCAAAAUCGACAAAAAUUACAGCUUUCUGGAUCUCAACUUGCCAGCUCCCGUGGAAGACGACGAGUUUAGUGCGAGCGUGGUUUCAGAUGCUUAA